UCAAGGGUGGGACGGCAUCAGAUUCCCAGUUCCUUAGCACCGCCGUCUUGUUCUCAUUCUCGCCAUCGCUCUCACGCUGAUACCCGGAGGUCCGACUUCCCCGCUGUUUUCCUAGCGUGGAAAUCCAUGGCGGCCGUCUCCUCCUUCUCCACCACCAUCACCGCCACCGCUGCCACCGGUGGCCAAAGAAACCCCCCUCCCUUCUUGUCCAAAACCCUAAAUCCCCCAAACCCCUCUUUCCUCCACCUCAGAUCCAAUCAAACCCUCGCUCCUGUCUCCAUCUCCAUCACCCCCCAAUCUUCCAAGAAACGAGCCUCCUUUUCUCGAAUUAGAGCCGCCUCCUCCUCCCUGGAUCCAGAUCCCGGCUCCCUCACUCACCAUUCGCGGACCCUCAAGUCCCGCCUCGCCGCCGGCGAGACCCUCUACGGCCUCUUCCUCUUGAGCUUCUCCCCGUCCCUCGCCGAGAUUGCCGGACUGGCCGGGUACGACUACGUGGUCGUCGACAUGGAACACGGCCCCGGCGGCAUCGCCGAGGCCCUCCCCUGCCUCCGCGCCCUCGCUGCCGCCCACACUCCAGCCAUCCUCCGCCUCCCGGAGCCCUCCGCAGCCUGGGCCAAGAAGGCCCUCGACCUCGGCCCCCAGGGCCUCAUGUUCCCCAUGAUCGAAACCCCCGCCGACGCCGAGCUCGCUGUCUCCUACUCCCGCUUCCCUCCGCGUGGCGUCCGGGGGUCCGCCCACACGGUUGUGCGCGCCUCCGCCUACGGCAUUGACGACGGGUACCUGGCACGGGUGGAGGAGGAGCUGCUGGUGAUGUGCCAGGUGGAGACGGUGGCGGGCGUGGCGGAGAUCGAGGCGAUCGCCGCCGUCGAGGGGGUCGACGUGGUGCAGAUGGGGCCUUUGGAUCUGAGCGCGAGCAUGGGGUAUCUGUGGGAUCCGGGGAACCGGAAGGUGAGGGAGGUGAUGAAGGACGCAGAGAGGAGGGUUCUGGGGAUGAGGAAGAAGGUUGUGGCGGCGGAGGCGGCAGCGGAGGGCGGCAGCGGCGAAAGGGGGCCGUACCUUGGGGGGUUUGCGAUGCCGCACGAUCGGCCGGAGGAUAUGAAGAUGAGAGGGUAUCAUAUGGUGGCCGGGGCGGUGGAUCUGGGGAUAUUCCGGCAGGCGGUGGUGGAGGACGUGCGGCGGUUCCGGAGCGCGGAGGUGGAGAUCGGGGAGGAGGACGACGAGGACGAGGCCAAGGACGAGGAGUACUGGAGCGAGUGAGGUGAGUUAAGUGUCGGGUCAGCUUACGAUAGAAGUGAGUCGCCAUGGCAACUUUUUCCUUUUUUUUCUCUUUAGUUUUUUAGGUUUUUUUUUUUUUUGGCCCGAGGAGGAGAUGUCAAGUAAUAAGAGGUUAUUUGUAAUAAAAAGAAAAAAAAAGUUUGCUCACGA